AGUACAAAUGUCGGGAAAUGCCAGUUUGGAUCCUCUCCUGCCUUAAUAUAUUUUGUCAUCUCUCCCCCUUAAUUUAGAAAAAUAGUGUUAUGAAGAGAGGAACAACAUCAGAGAUCCAAUAUUUGUACUAAGAUCCGAAACCGGAAAAUGUAUACAACCGAAAUCCCAUUAUUCAACAUAGAAAUCCAUACUACUAAUAAACAAAUAACAGCUGACCAUUCUUUUGCCCCAUGACUUUGUCUCAUUCAACACUUUACUUUAACUUUCUCUGUUCCACUACAGAUAAAUAAACACAACACAAACAAUCUCAUUUCACAACAACCCUGUCAUGUUGAAUGAUCAAAUACCUUCAACAAGUCAUAGCAGAGAACAUAACAAUGAUUAUUAUGAUGAAGGAGACACAGAAAUAAGAGAAAUCCAUGCCUUAACCCCACCUCAUCAUCCUCAUCCAAGACAACAACUACACAGUCACCAAUCAUCUUUAGUUUCUGUAGCUAAUACAGAACUUGCUUCAAGUGAGAAUUUCACAAGUAUAAGUAGAGAAUUCAGUGCUUUGGUUUUAGCAGGUUCAAGUAUUGAUCAUAACAAUAUAAGUCCACUGAUGAGUAAUAUUACUAAUUACAACAAUGAAAGAGAAGGUAACAAUAGUAGAAGAAGCUUUAACAAUUUCUUGAGGAUUAGAGAAGAUGAAUUGAUGGAAGAGACAAACCCUUUGGCUAUUGUGGCUGAUAAUAACCCUUUAGAGAUGGUUCCAUCAACAUCAUCUUCUUCGGGAACUAUCAAUGGUCAUCAUCAGAGUGAAGUGUCUGUUCAGAGGGUGAAGAAAGAAGAGGUUGAAUCAAAGAUAGCUGCAUGGCAGAACGCUAAGGUUGCUAAGGUUAAUAACAGAUUCAAAAGGGAAGAUGCUGUGAUCAAUGGUUGGGAGAAUGAACAGGUUCAGAAAGCUAAUUCAUGGUUGAAGAAAGUUGAGGAAAGAGGCCCGAUAAUCCAGAGUUCGACGGCGAGAGGAAGUUGGAGGAGAAAAGAGCAAAAGCAUUGGAGAAAAUGCAAAAUGAUGUAGCAAAAGCUCAUAGGAAAGCACAAGAGAGAAGGGCAUCUGCAGAGUCUAAAAGGGGUACUAAAAUUGCAAGGGUUCUUGAGAUUGCCAACCUUAUGAGAGCUGUUGGAAGAGCUCCUUCCAAAAGAUCCUUCUUUUAAUAUCCUAGCUAUAAAGUACGGAUACUCUUCAGAUCAGACAUAUUUCAGAGUCGGAUGCGCAUCGAUGUCCAACACUGACAUAUGAAUUAUAUUGAAUUAUGUCAUUUUCUCAAAUUAUAAUCAGUGUCAAUGUGUCAUCGUAUCCGGUGUGUCCAUAUCUGUGUCUGUGCUUCAUAGAUAUUUUUCAAUCUCAUUUGAAUCACAUUUCUUAACAAAAUAGACCAUAUGAGAGCCCCUUUUCCUUUUAAAUUAAUUAUCUUAAGGGUUAAUGAGGGCUUGCAGUGAGUGCAGUAGCAUAAUUAAUAUUAUGAACAAAAAAGAAAUAUGUUGUAAAUAUUAUUAUCAAAUUAAACCAAUUGGAGUGUUUUUGAGUGAUGUAUUACAAUGUGUGUUUGUGUGUUAGAAUCUGGUUAUAUAUUAUACUAUUUUGGUUUUGUACAUUAA